AUGCAAACGAAUGAUCUCCUACGUUCAUCAACAUCUCCAUUUGUACGUUCACCUCAUUUGCUUGGCAAUGAUUUGCAAUCCCAAUUGAAUAUGCUAUAUGCUUUAACUCAGCAACAAAUAUCAUCAUCAUCAACAACAGCAGCAUCUCCAUCUGAUUUAACAUUAGAAUCACAAAUAAAGCGAAUCAAAAAAAGUAUGUCAAUGUCAAAUGAACCUCCUUCGCAAGUAUCAUUAAUAUCAGCAGCAGAUUCACGUUCAAAUUCAACGAGUGAUCGUGAAAUUGUUAAAGUUGUAACAACAGCUGGACCACAAUGUGUUGAUAAAGAAUUUUUAACUCAACUGUUACUUCGUAAAGAUGUUAUACCAGCAAGAAAACGACGUGAUUUUAUUCCAAAUGAAAUGAAAGACAAUCAUUAUUGGGAAAGACGUCGGAAAAAUAAUUUAGCUGCUAAACGUUCACGUGAGAAACGACGUCUCAAUGAUAUUGUAUUAGAAACAAAAGUUGUUGAAUUAUCAAAUGAAAACGAUGCACUAAAAGCUAAACUUACUUUAAUGUUAUCACGUUUAAAUAUGAAUGAAACAGAAAUGGAAAGUCUAUUUGAAGAAGAACAACGUCUUGGCCAUAUUUGUCUUAAACCAGCAACAUCAGCAUCCAAUAUUCUUGGUCCACGUAAUCUCAUCAGCGAUGAUGAUGAUUAUUCAUCACUAUCCACAAGACCAAAAAAUUCAUCAGCAUCUGAAACACAUGAUGAUGAUGAAAUUGAAUCAACAACAACCGAUGACAAUUCAUUAAAUACACGUGUUCAAUAUCCAUUACUUUACAAUCAAUUACUUGGUAAUAAUAAUGGUGCUGUUGAUUUAAGUCGAACAGAAGUGAAAACAGGUAAUUUAUUAACAACGGCAUCAAAUAAAAGUCCAUCACCAUUAACACCAAUACCAUCACCAACACCACCAAAUGAAUCAUUAUUACAAAUUCUUGCUAAUCAAAUUCUUAAAACUAAACAACAAGAUACUGUAACAUCAUCGCGUCUAUUAACAACUGUGUCACCAACUGAAUCUAAACCAAAUAUAACAUCAUUGAAAAGAAGUUUCAAUCAAUUACAACAAGACGAUGAACAGCAGCAUCAUCAACAACAACAACAACAAAAAUGGGAUGAAGCAGCUAUGACUUUACUUUCAUUAAAUAAACCACCUCCACCUCCACCAUCACCAGUUGAACAACAAACAGCACUUCAAUCUGUUUGUCAAUCAGUGAUCAAUGGUUUAUUACGUAAAUCAAAUCCUCCACGAGCUACAAUUGAUUAUCAUAGUAAUAAUCAACAACAAAUACAAGGUGAAAAUUUUCAUCAUCAAGAUAAUAUUAAUUCAUUGAAUCAAUUAAAAACAUUAAUGAACUAUUUUUCAACAUCAUCCAAUAACUCUUUUCCGAUGCCACCAUUACAACAACCGUCAAACUGUGUUGCAGAACAAAUCAAUACAGCCUCAAGUCAUACACAACAAAAUGAACCUCGAGGUGAUAUGAUGCCUUUAAAAUUGCGUAUGAAAAUGUUGAAUGCUAAAAGUUAA